GCCUUCACCGACGGUAGACCAUAACCCGGGUCCAUCCCACAUAAUAAAUAUAUUCACAGUAAUAUAAUAUACAUAUAUUAUAAAGUAUAUUAUUUGUAAUUUAAAAAAAAAAAAAAUAGUUAAUCGUUUUUUUAAUAUUCGAAUCUAGUUGAAAAAAAAAAAAUAAUAAUAAUAAUUAAUUUUGUUCUACACCGUUAAAUGUGACCAAGAAAAGCGCGAGACCACCAUGACGUGUUCGGACAAAGGAUACACCACCAGGAUUAACAUCCUUUCGGCGUGCACCCGUUCGGUCGAGGUGGCCAAACACAAACGAAUGUUUACCUCAAAAAGGACCAGCGAACUCUUAGCACUCAUGGCGCUUUCGUCGACUUUGUUUUUGUUUUUACACACCAGAGAUCUUCACACGAGACUUAGAUCAUUGCAAUCAGUGACAAAUUCGGCGUCAACUUCGGGAGAUUCUUCGUCUGCCAUGGAAAUCGACAUUGAUAAUUUCAUACAACGCGACGAGAAACUGGAGGUGGACGCGUUGAACAAUACAGGGAGAGCCAAAAGAGAGUUGAUAUUCUUCAACAGGGUGCCAAAAGUGGGCAGUCAGACGUUCAUGGAAAUCCUGAGGCUGUUGUCUUUGAAAAAUAAGUUUGUGUUUUACCAAGACCACGUACAAAGGGUCGAAACCAUUCGUUUGGCCGAAUCUGAACAGCUUCGCGUAGCUUCCAUGGUGACCAAGUACGACACACCUUCAGUGUUCAUAAAACACAUAUCGUUUUUGAAUUUCACCAGGUUUUAUUUGCCCGAACCGAUCUACAUAAACCUGGUGAGGGAUCCCGUGGAACGAGUGAUCUCUUGGUAUUAUUACAUCAGAGCGCCGUGGUACUACGUGGAGAGGAAACACUUGUUUCCGGACACGCCGUUGCCGGAUCCGAAUUGGUUGAAAAAAGAUUUCGAAACUUGUGUCCUGCGAGGCGACCGGGAGUGUACGUACACGCAGGGCGAGAAGAGAGAAGGCAUUAGCGACCACCGGCGACAGACAAUGUUCUUUUGCGGCCACGACGAAGAGUGCACACCGUUCAAUUCCGAAGGAGCGUUGGAAAGGGCCAAACGAUCCGUGGAGAAACAUUACGCUGUAGUGGGCGUACUGGAAGACUUCAACGUCACGCUGACCGUGUUCGAGCAUUACAUACCGAAAUUCUUCAAAGGCGCCUCCCAGGUCUAUUACGGCGACAUGGGACUGCACAAAGUCAAUCACAAUGCGUUCAAGCCGCAGGUCAGCGAAGCGGUCAAAGACAUGGUGCGCAAGAACUUCACCAGGGAAAUAGAAUUCUACCAGUUUUGCCGGCAGAGACUGUACCGACAGAGGCUGGCGUUGAACUUAUAGUUAACCAAAAACACAUAGCAUAUUGGCAAUAUACACAUAUAUUGAAUGACAGUUCCUUACGACUUAUUAUUCAUAUUAACAUAAUUUAAGUUACGUCGGUAAGAUAGCGCCUGUACUUAUUAUACAUCUGAAAUACUAUGUUUCCUUGAGCGACAUUUUAAAAUUUACUCUUGGUUUCUUUUUGGCGUCGUUUACUAUCGACCUCGACAUUUAUCUUGUAUAUUUUUAUCUCAUUAGUUUUUAAAAUACGAUUUGACGUUUAAACACUCUGGAAUAAUUUACCAUCAAAUCGAGUAUGUAUUCCAGUAAUUUUAGAUUUCCCUUCCAACUGUUCCCGAAAAUAAAUUCUCAAUUAUCUACAUAAUAAUAUAUGAGUGUUAUUUUUUUUUUUUUUUUAUCGGCAGUUUCAUUCGGGAACAUUUGGUAAAUUAAAAUAAUAUUUAUAUAGUAUUUUUGGUAAUACAACAAUACUGGAAUACAGGCUUGACUUGAAACGUAUUACUAAAAAUACUAGUAUUGUAUAAUAACAUUUUUUUUAUGUAGUAUAUUUAAAU